AGGCACUAAGCUGAAACUAACACAACAUACUAUUCAAGAUGUCCACAGCUAAGCAAAUGUAUUACAAAAUAACUCAAGUAAGAUCAGUCAUAGGGAUGCCCGAGAAAAAGCGCCAAAUUCUCACAGCUUUAGGACUCAGAAAGCGAAAUUAUAUCAAGUAUCAAAAAGUCGACCAUCGUAUUGCUAACCAAUUAGCUAUGGUUAAAGAAUUAGUUAAAGUGGAAUUAACCGACAAGUGCCAAACCAGACAAGAAAUUAAUCAAGAUAGAAAGUUUAAACCUGGAUUUGAACUUGUUAAAGGUGGUGCUUUCCUGAAGUAUGAGUAGAUGCAUAGUUCUAAAUUUUACAGCAUGCACUAUUAUUAAGAAAGCGGGACACAGUGUUUGUUGGUUCCUUGUAUAUAUGAAGCUAGGUUAUAGGUAAUAAUAUAAAGUCAUUACAAAAGUGUAUGUAAAUUGCGUGCAGUUCUCUGAUUAAACAUUCACUAGCGGGGGGUUGAUCUGGUUGUACUAUGUAACUUGCUGGAUGUUGCCCCGUGCAAACGUGGUACACUUUCCCUACGGCAUCUGUUUACUUCUUAAACUUUUACAUCUCAUACCCACGGCCAAAUCGAGUCACAGUCCGAGACUAUGGAUACGAUAUCUGUGAAAAUUCUUAGCAAGACAUAUCUUUGCACAUGGUAGCGCUGAAUUCAUAAGAGAAGUCCCGAGUGUAGAUAAAAUAGGCUUGUACCCAUAGUUUAAUGCAAUUGCUCCAUACAGAAAUACCCUUUACAAUAGCAACUGGCUUAAAUCUCCAAAAUCUGCCACCUAUGGUCUGUGUCUAAAUAUCACAUGGUAGCACUUAAAAGUAGUAGGUAUACCGAUUGUGGUG